AUGUCUGACGUUGAGUCCACCACAGCAGCGGAGAACCCUAUCCUCCGCCGCCGCAACUCCGUUAUGCUUCCUAAAAAGCUCACCUUACAGCAUCAAACAUCAGCUUCAACCACCAUCACUACCACCGCCACGUCAUCUUCGUCGGCUUCGUCAUCGUUGACGAACUCGGCGAGCGAUGAUUUUGAGCUGUUCUCUAUUAAGCCUGUAUCCUACACUUCUCUGAGGGAUAUCCUGCCACCUUCCGCCGUCAAUUCUCCCAGGCCUAUGACUUCGCCUCACCAAGGCCAAUCCGGUUCCGAGAUUUCAAUCCGGAAUCGCCUCGUUAAGCAAGCCGCUUGGGCUUAUCUCCAGCCGAUGUCGACUUCACCGGAUUCCUCCGGUCGGAGCUUAUUCCGCCGCACCUUCCUCUUCCCGGUCAAUAACCCUGUCGCCGGAAUUCUUGACUGCAUUGAUCGGUACAUUUUUGCUCCCUUGACUAAAGCUGUUGAUUGGCUUCUUCGUGCUGUUCGGGUUCGGAGCUCCAGAUAA